UCUAUUUUACUUACUGAAAAACUACGAAUAUUUUUUUUCUAUUAUUCGGAAACAUUUCAGUUGGUCUGAUUUCUUUUUAUCCUAUCAAUAUGGCGUCUGGGGGUACCAUUAUUCCGCCUCCAAGUCUGAGUCAAAUUUUCUUUGCGCGAAACAUUUUUCGUGCCCUUAACGAGGAGGAGGAGAUAAGGGCCAACAAUUUAAUCAUAUCACCAACAGCUGCGCGCAGUGCCAUGACUUUGGUGUUUAUGGGUGCCGGCGGAAAAUGCGCAGACGAAUUGCGUUCUGGACUGAUACUGGGACACGCAAAGAAACUGGAAAUUGCCAAGCAACAUGCCGAGUUCAUAAGCAACGAUUGCGUAUGCAACGAUAAGGGAGUGUCGAUGCGCAUAGCUACUGGUCUGUAUGUUAAGCAGGAUCAGGAACUAUGUCCCGACUUCAAUCUGCAGGCUGGGGAAUUCUUCAAUACUCAGGCAGAUACGUUGAAUUUUGCAGAUGCCGAAGGUGCUAUGCGCCAAGUCAAUAAAUGGCUCGAGCGGCAAACCUUUAAUACGGUACGCGAUUUGCUUACUCCUGCCUCUUUCAAUGUGGAAUCAAACGUUAUUUUGGUAAACUCUUUGUACUUUCGUGCCAAGUGGGCGAAACAAUUUUCUGUAGCACACACUUCGUUGGCUGAUUUCGCGAUAAGCGAAGAACAGAAAAUGCAGUUACCAAUGAUGCGACAGGCCGGACAGUUUCGCUAUGGCGAAUCCAGGAAGCUAAAAUCGCGUAUUCUGCAGCUGCCCUUUGAAGAAUCAGAUAUAAACAUGUUAUUGAUUGUUCCUGACAAGAAUAUGGGUCUUGCAGAGCUGGAAUCAAAGCUAGGAGAGAUUGACCUGAACGAAGUGGCCCUCAAGACGGUGAUGCAUGAAGUUGAUAUAACCGUGCCCAGAUUCAAAUUCGAGUGCGAUAUUGAUCUGAAAGUGCCGCUAAGAAAAUUGGGAGUUAAGCGUAUUUUUGAGAAAGGGGCCGCUGACUUGAGUGGACUGUUUGCCAAGAAGUCGCCCCAGUUGAUUACUGAGGCAAGGCAAAAACAAUAUUUGAAUGUGAACGAAGCUGGCUGUGACAUAGAUGCUAACACAUCUGCCAAGACCUCUUCUGAACUCUCCAAUCCGGAGCGAAAAGUUUUUACAGCGGAUCAUCCGUUCGUGUUUGCCAUACGAAAUAGCAAAUCAGUUUUUAUUGUGGGUCAUUUUGUCAGGCCCUGAGUACCCCAGAAGACAGUGGGUGGCGCGUUAUAUACAAUGAAUCCAUUAAAUAUCCAUGAAAGCAAUUACAAAUUUUUUUACAAGUGUCGCUAUCAAUGACCGCAUCGCUAGCGGGGGCUGGCUGGACAAUUGCAACAAAUGACGAUAUCCCAUGAACAACAAAUUAUUACCGCAUAAAUGUACACAAUGCUCAGCCCACAGACAGCAACUAUGACGAACAAACACAUACAAAAACAUACGAUAAUAGGGUAAAGCCGGAGACGAUCAACUAUAAAAUUCUUUGUCAAAAGUGCUACGAAAGUUUUUUUAAUUUGGCUAGCUCAAUUACUUUUUGUUUUCUGUAUUUUCAUUUAUUUCCAAUUUGAAUAAAAAAAAUCGUAAUUAAAAUACCCUUAACCGCUGUAGCGUGAAGGGUAUAAAGAAAA